AUGUCGGUUUAUUCGUUGAAUUCACUCAAUUCUUUUACUCCAGUGGCUUCUAGAAGCACAAGUAGGCUUCCCACGGCAAAGCUGACCACAACGGCCACCAGUGUCGCAUCACAGGAUAUUAUCUGCGCCGUGAGUGAAUCGCGGGGCGUCUCCUCCACGGUUGGUCUCGCAUUUGUCAAUCUUGCGACGGCCGAAUCAGUGCUCUGUCAGAUAUGUGAUAGCCAGACCUACGUGAAGACAAUAAUCAAAAUUGGUGUUUUCGAACCCAGUGAAAUCCUGUUCAUGAACAGCGUCAAAGAAUCGAAGCUUCGUUAUAUCAUCCAAGAGAAUCUGCCAGAUCCUACUUUCACUUUCUUAGACCGGAGAUGGUGGUCUGAGAAGGCGGGUCACGAAUAUGUGGAUCGAUUGGCUUUUCCAGGAGAAGUUGACUCACUGAAGGUGACUCUGGGUGGGAAUUAUUUCGCAGCAUGUUGCUUUGCCGCAGUUCUCAAGUAUGUCGAAGCUGAACUCCAACGAACAUUUACCUCGCACUCUCUUCGGAUUCGGUUCGAGCCAUCCCAGGGUUCCAUGACAAUUGACUUGGCAACUAUUGUUUCCCUCGAACUUAUCCAGAAUCUGCAGAAUGCGAAAUCUAAAGACAGCCUGUUUGGACUUUUGAACCAGACAUUGACACCUAUGGGGGCCAGGCUGCUUCGAGCCAGUAUAUUACAGCCUUCAACAGAACGAGUCAAGUUGACAGCCAGAUACAAUGCAGUAGAAGACCUGACCACCAAGGAAGACAUGUUUGUGUCUGUGAGGCAGGCGCUGAAGGGCUUCAUUGAUGCAGAUAAAGUGUUGACCGCGAUCAUCUUGGUUCCCACUAAGCGGACAAUCCAAUAUGUUGAACAGUCCGUCAACAACGUCAUCAUGCUUAAGACGUAUGUGUCUGCGAUCAAGAAAGUCUUCCAGGCUCUUGGAACGGCAGAGAGCGAUCUGCUACUUACCAUACGCGAGCUCUGCGCUCCCGAGGGGCAUCGUUCGAUCGAAGAGUUGAUUGCCGCGACUUUGAAUGAGCAUGUGGCAUACCAGUCAAAGCCUCUUGAUCUAAGGAACCAGCGCAUAUAUUGUGUCAAGACUGGCGUCAACAGUCUGCUCGAUGUUGCUAGACAGACCUACAAAGAAGCAAAUGCGGAUGCCACCGAGCUAAUUGAGAAGUUAUCAGAAACUUGUGACAUGGUAUUGGAUUUGAAAUUUGACACAGCCAGGCAAUACUACAUCUGUAUCCCCCGUACAGAGCCGGGUCCACUGCCAAAUAUCUUCAUCAAUGUGUACCGCAAGCGAAAUCGCAUUGAAUGCCAGACCCUCGAUCUGGUCAAACUUAACCAAAAGAUCACCGAUGCUCACAGUGAGGUAAUCAAUAUGAGCGACCGGACAAUUCAGGACCUUAUUCGAGACGUGUGUACCGAAAUAUCUGGGCUCUUCCGAGUCAGUGAAGCGAUUGCAAUGCUAGACAUGCUUGGGGCAUUCGCUCAGCUAGCAACCAACUACGAGUACAUCAGACCCGAACUAACCGACACUCUCGCCAUCAAAGCGGGACGUCAUCCGAUCCGCGAGCAGAUUCAUUCUAGCAAGUUCAUCCCCAACGACGCAUAUGCAACACCACAAACAAGGUUCCAGAUCAUCACAGGCUGCAACAUGAGCGGCAAAUCGACAUAUAUCCGCUCGCUGGCCCUGGUAACUGUCAUGGCGCAAAUAGGCUGCUUCAUUCCAGCCCAUUACGCAUCAUUCCCAAUUUCCCACCAGCUCUUCGCCCGUGUCGCCACUUCAGAUGAUCUAGACGCCAACGUCUCGACCUUUGCAGCGGAGAUGCGCGAGAUGGCAUUUAUUCUUCGUAACAUCCAGCCCCGCAGCAUGGUCAUCAUUGAUGAGCUAGGUCGUGGCACCAGCACAACCGACGGCUUGGCCAUCGCCGUCGCGCUAGCAGAAGCCCUUAUCUCCAGUAAUGCUCUGGUCUGGUUCGUCACGCACUUCCACGACUUGGCGCAGAUUCUCGCAGAGCGCAGCGGUGUGAUCAACCUCCAUUUAGCAGCAGAAAUCGCCCCCGACGCGUCCAAAAUGACCAUGCAGUACCGCAUCGCAGAGGGCACAGUUCCAGAGCAGCGUUAUGGUCUUGUUCUCGCCAAACUUGCCGAUCUUCCAUCUUCCGUCUUGGAUAAAGCACAAUCCGUCUCAGAGGCGAUGGACAAGCUUGCCAAGCGCAGAAACAGCUCGUCGCGUGCUGUUGCUAUUGCUCAAAAGCGAAAGUUGCUUCUAUCUUUGCGGGAACAACUAUUCCUUAUUCGCAAUGGCACUAUGGACAACGAGAAUCUUCGCACUUUGUUGAUCAAAUUGCAGGAUGAAUUCGUGCUGCGCAUGACUUCUAUUAAUAGAGAAAUGGACCUACACCCUACUGAUGAAAGUGAGCCCGCGGUUCAUGCAGAAGCUGUUUCCGAACUAUCAGUUCGUACAUCUAAAGCCCAAGCGUCAGGUUCGGGCGUGGCGGGUGAGAGAAUCCACGGCACGUGUGCAUCCGAGCCCAUCGUGAUUGAAUCUGGUCCAGAGUCUGAAUCUGAAGAUGUUUCCGAGGAUGACAGUGUGGUGCUGGCCUGA